GUAAGAGGUAUCUUAUUUGUUAGAACUCAAGUCUCACCCCAAAAACUCACCUAUUAUAUAAUACUAGGUCAAAAAGUCACUAAAACACCAUCAUUCAUAUAACCCCAAGCUCCAACGGUCAUUCAAUAUGACGGACGCGGCCCGUUGGAAGGCUACCGUAUACGUCGGAGGUUUAGCAUCUGUUGUCACCACCGCAAAUCUUCACGAUGCUUUCAUCCCUUUUGGUGAAAUCGUCGACGUAACUCUACCUAAAAAUGAUGCGCCAAACUCUACCGAGCCGCAUCGCGGGUUUGCCUACGUAGAGUUUGAGGAUGCCGAAGACGCCAAAGAAGCAAUCGAUAACAUGGAUCAGUCCGAAUUAUUCGGCAGAGUCCUAAGAGUAUCGGCAGCUAAACCUCCAAAGAGCGCGGAAGAAGGACUAGGUAGUAAGACGGCAAUCUGGCAACAGGAAGGAUGGCUUGCUAAGCAUGCCGUCAGCGAGGAAGACAGGGCUGCAGCGGCGGCACCUAGAGCUGGCGAAGAUGACAGGCCGGAGGAUCCAAUGCAGGGACUUGAGGGACUGGAUGUCGCUGGACCAAAACCGGAAUGAGCCGGGACUAAUAGUAGUAUCUACGUGAAGUUUCUCAAGUUUCUCAAGUUUCUCGCAUAGCGUUGGCGUUAGAAAAGGGAUUCCAGGGCACAGAGUGAAAAAAAAAAAUCUUUAGGAUAGGAGCUUGCGACUGAUAUCUA